AAAUACAGUACACGCGUGGGGGAUAAAGGAACCCAGCUCUCUGGUGGUCAGAAGCAACGCAUUGCUAUUGCCCGAGCUCUUGUGCGACGGCCCCAGAUCCUGCUGUUAGACGAAGCUACAUCUGCACUGGAUACAGAAAGUGAGAAGAUUGUCCAGGAAGCGCUGGAUAAAGCCAGAGAAGGUCGCACCUGCAUCGUGAUAGCUCACCGCCUCUCCACCAUCCAAAAUGCUGACAAGAUUGCCGUGGUCCAGAAUGGCAAGGUCAUAGAGCAAGGAACCCAUCAGCAGCUCCUGGCUGAAAAAGGCGUCUACUAUUCUCUGGUCAAUGUUCAAAGUGGGUCAUACCACGGUUCAUAG